AUGUUAGAUUCAUUCCCUCGUUCUCACUGGUUCAAUGCUGAGAUGGGCGGUUUGGAAAGAUUAGCUAGCCCUCCCAUGGAAGUUGGAGUACUUCAUAGCCAUAAAAAGCAAAAACAUUAUUCAAAAGUUGGGAGAGAGAGAUUGUCAAAUUCUGUGAGAAAGACCAACAAGCCAUCUCGAUCUCACUUCCUUUUUAGUUCUUCAAGUAGGUGGAGUGGAGUGGAAAAAAUCUUCAAGCAAUUGUUUAGUGUUGGAGAGGAAGAGAAAUUGUUGAAGGCUUCCCAGUGCUAUUUAUCAACCACAGCUGGUCCUAUUGCCGGCCUCCUCUUCACCUCCAAUGAAAAGAUUGCAUUUUGCAGUGAAAAAUCCAUCAAAUUUUCGUCUCCCACUGGAGAAUUGAUUAGAAUUCGAUACAAGGUGGUGAUUCUUCUAAGUAAGAUAAAGAGAGUAAACCAGAGUGAGAAUGUGAAAAAACCAUCACAAAAGUACAUGGAAAUAGUUACUGUGGACAAUUUUGAUUUUUGGUUUAUGGGUUUUGUAAAUUACAAGAAAGCUUUCAAGUAUCUUCAACAAGCACUCUCUCAAGCUUAGAGAGAAGCUUACAAAGUCCAAAAAAGAAUGUAUAAAGAAGAGUUUUUUGUUUUAAUCUGCUUUAUAUUGUUUGUAUUUAUGUGAAGCUAGGAAGAGCUGAAUACAGAUGUAUAAAAAUAUGUAUAAAUUUUUUAUUAAAUGGAAGGCUUCUGUUGUGAUUCUUUCACA